UGGAAUCGAAAUAGUUGAGUAGAUGAGUGGUUAUAGGUCGAUGUUUCUCGUUAUAGUUAUUUUCAUUUUUCAUGUUACUCGUGCACAAUAGCUUCUAGUACUAAAAAAUUGAAAAAAAAGCCUUUGACACUUUUAAUCAUCGGACCGGACAUUAAUAAGUGAUUUUUGUCCUUUUCAUUUAAUUACCCGGCAUCCUUGAAAAGUAGUAAAAACCUUUUCGAUUACUGAAAUUUGUAAAAAUAAUGUGUGAGAAUUGGGAUGAUGAUGCUCCUGUGGUAGCUACUGUUAUUCCAUCAUUUCGACGACCCGGAAAUAAUGACGAAGUUUGGUCUGGCAGCACAUCUAAUAAUGAUAGACCUUACUAUCAGAGGUCCAAACAAUAUAGUAGGGGUAGAGGAAAUUUCAGAGGUAAUUCCAGAGAAGGUAGGUCUGAUCGAAGAAACGGACGAGCUGGAGACAAAUGUGAAGAACUAAGGGUUAAAUGCAGUUUUGUUGGAAAAAUUAUUGGUCGUGCAGGAGCAAAAAUUCAAGAAUUACAAUCUGAAUCUGGAGCAAGCAUUCAAGUAACCCAAGAAAGUAAUGGUGAAACAACACUAGUUAAAAUUUUUGGAAAUGAUAGCACAAUAUCUAAAGCUAAGGAACUCAUCGAAGAGUUAACCACUGAUUCUAUUAAGAUAGUCCAUGCUAAAGACCUUCCUCAAGAAACAGUAGAGAAGAAACAGCCUAUUCUUGACUGGGCAAAAUUCAUGCAGGAAUGUGAUGAAGCUGAAGCAGCUGAAUGGGCAAAAUAUCCUCCAAUCAGAAAACAGUUCUACAAAGAACAUCCGGAAGUAAUGAAGAUGUCAGAAUCACAAGUGGAAAAGUUCCGUGAAGAGAACAAUAAUAUUGUGGUUGACAGAACUUUCAAAACCGAAAAUAGUGCUCCCAUUCCAAAACCAUGCCCUAAGUUUGUUCAUGCAUUCCACGAAUAUCCGGAAAUUCUUAGAGAAAUCGAGAAGGCAGGUUUUGAAACUCCGUCUCCAAUACAAGCACAAGCAUGGCCAGUACUUUUAAGUGGUGAAGAUUUGAUUGGUAUAGCCCAGACAGGUACAGGGAAAACGUUAGCAUUUUUAUUACCAGCGAUGAUCCAUUUAGAAGGACAAAAUGUUAGUAGAGAAGAUAGAGGAGGGCCGGCAGUACUGAUAAUGGCUCCAACAAGAGAACUAGCCCUUCAAAUUGACAAAGAAAUCAAGAAAUAUCAGUACAGAGGUAUCAAUUCGGUAUGUGUUUAUGGAGGAGGUAAUAGGAAAGAACAGGUUGCUGCAGUUACUCGAGGGGUAGAUAUAAUCAUCGCUACUCCUGGAAGGUUAAAUGAUUUCCAUGAAUCAGGAAUUGUGAAUGUGAAAACCGUCACAUAUGUGGUACUGGAUGAGGCUGAUCGAAUGCUGGAUAUGGGGUUUGAACCUCAAAUUCGUAAAGUCAUGUAUUGCAUAAGGCCAACUAGACAGACUGUUAUGACAAGUGCUACCUGGCCUUUGGGUGUUAGGCGUCUUGCCCAAUCCUAUAUGAAAGAUCCUAUUCAAGUAUAUGUUGGAAGUUUGGAUUUAGCAGCUACCCAUACCGUUACACAAGUUAUACAGGUGAUGGAGGAUAACGAAGAUGUCAAAAUGGAUGCAGUUAUGGAGUUUGUUCGAAAUCUAGGACCAGAUCAGAAAGUCAUUAUAUUUUGUGGUAAAAAAGCACGAGCUGACAAUCUUUCUACAGAGUUUGCGCUGUCUGGUAUUCAAUGUCAGGCCAUUCAUGGUGACAGGGAUCAGUGUGAUAGAGAACAGGCCCUGGUUGAUAUCGCCAAUGGUACUGUUCAAAUACUAGUAGCAACAGAUGUGGCAUCAAGGGGCUUAGAUAUAGAUGAUAUAACGCAUGUACUGAAUUUUGAUUUCCCAAGGAAUAUAGAAGAGUAUGUGCACAGGGUUGGCAGAACAGGUAGAGCUGGGAAAUUGGGUGAGUCAAUAAGCUAUUUCACAAGGGCUGACUGGGCACAAGCUAGGGAACUCAUUAAAAUAUUGGAGGAAGCUGAUCAGUUUGUACCUGAAGAAAUCUACCAGAUGGCGGAUAGGUUUGACGAGAUGAAGAAAAGAAAAGAAAAUGACCGAGCUAGGGGUGGUGGAAGUAGAGGUGGCAGAGGUGGUUCUAGUUUUGGUGGAAUGGGUCGACGUUGGUGAAAAAAUAAUUUGAUGGGAAUAUCAUUUCAGGUUCUUGUAACCUUAAUGUGAUUUAUGGGUAUAUACUGUUGAGAUGUACUCAAAAUAUUUUUCAUCAUUUGUUAAAGCAUUAUGUCUCAUUAAUUUAUUGAUAGCAUAAGUUGAUCUACCAAGACUAAAUCUGGCAAAAUAUAAAUGACUAUAUUAUAAAAUAAAUUCAUUACACUUGUACUUUCAGUAUCAAAAAAACACAUGUUUUGACCUCUUUGUGAAUAUACUCAUACUAUAAUAUGGCUUUGU